CAUUCCCAUUGCCUUAUGGUUACUUGGAGGUGCCCAAAAUCUCACAGCAUCUUCUCUUUGUCUAGAAGCUCUUUCUGCCCCUUUCUUCUCGCCUUUUCAACUGCAAAAUACUUUUUUAAUUUCUUACAUCGUACUCUUCUCAAAGCAUGUUGAACUCUAUCAACGGUACACAAGUGAUCAAAUUUCUGUAUAGUUACGGUGGGAGAAUCGUUCCCCGUCGUUCGGAUGGAAAGCUCCGGUAUAUCGGUGGUUUUACCAGAGUUCUCUCUGUUGAUAAGCCUAUUUCGUUUGCAGAGUUGAUGGUGAAGUUUGGUGAAUCGUGUGGAUCGUCUAUGAGUUUGAAGUGUAAGUUGCCGACUGAGGAUUUGGAUGUUUUAGUUUCAAUUACUUGUGAUGAGGAUCUGAUGAAUGUGAUUCAAGAGUACGAUCGUGUUUCUGCGUUGACGAAUCAGGAGAUGAAGAUUAGAGCUGUUUUAUUUCCGCUCAAUUCGGUGAAAAAAGUUUCUCCUCCGUCAUCUCCGAUGUCGUGUUUUGACUUUCCGGCAUCGAGAAUGAAGCCGGAAAAGCUCAGAUGUUUCUAUUCACCUCCUUCGUAUGCGGCCGCGGCUGCUAGGUGUUGUUCUCCAGCUUUGGGAUAUCCAGUCGGCGGAAGAAAAGACGGUGGGAAGUUUUAUUACCCUUGCUGUGACCAUGGAAGCCCUAGGCAUCUUUACUAUGUUGCUCAACGAAACCAUAGCCAAUAGAAAUUAAAUUGAAGAUAAUAAGAACAAUUAAGUUAUUUCAAAACGUAUAUGAGUAAUCGAGCACAUAGACAAUCUGAAGCUCCUCUUCUCAAAAAAUGAUGAUGAUGAAAUUAUAAACAAUAGCCUAUGCGUACAUUCUAUCCUUCUAACAAAUGCCUUUGGUUCAUUGAAUUGGAUUGUACAUUAUUUGAGACUGCAGUUCAAUUCAAUUGUGAGGUGAAUUUGACGUAUGUUUGCCCAUUUUUGGACUUGUUAGUAUACACAGGCGUGUUAUGGUUCGGCGUUUGCCGUCAUACAUUCAUUGGCGACUGGCGUGUUGCUUUAGGAUUUCUCUUUUUUUUUUUUUUUAACUCGUACGUUAAGCCCAAUCUUUUGGGCAUCGUUUGGGGCCUUCAUUGAUUCCCUGGGACCAUUCUUUUGUGGACACUUGUACAUACCAUUUAGGCUUCACAUACUUUAUUUAGGGUUCUGUUUAUAUAAAUCAUAUUUAGGGUAAUUUUGUUUGGAGGGGUACGUUUUAGUUGUUUUUCAUUGGUUUCUUCCUUAAUUUAUGGUGUUCAUUUAUUCCUUAUUUAACACUUUUACUUUUGAGAUAUUUCAGGGGACCCAUUUGGAAUACUGAGCUGGCAAAAAGGAUUGGAGCAACUUGCGUGAUUUCGUCAUCGAAAUAAUGAUUCAAACAAUUUCUAAUUAAGGAGAAAUUAAUGUAUGAAAUAUAUACAUUAAACUGACAAUAGCUAUUGAUAUUAAGACUUCUAAAAAUA